AUGUCGCCUGCUAUUCUCUCAACCGUUCCUGCGAUUGAUAAGGGUUUAGCCCCGAAUUAUCAGCCUUUCAAAGCAAAGUAUGACCUGGACUGCCUAGUGAAAGAUAUCAAGCAACAUUUGGGAGAAUCAGGGGGAAUCUCCUCAGAAGAAGUUGAUGAAGAGUACCUGAUCUCUCUGGCAAAGAAAUACAUCUCUGACCCUAGUGAUUGGAUCGAGUAUUUCCACAACGACACAAGCAAGAAUUACACCAGAAAUGCCAUUGAGAAUAUUAACAACAAAGCCAAUAUUCUCCUUCUCGUCUGGAACCCACUAAAGGGCUCUCCGAUCCAUGACCAUGCCAACGCGCACUGUAUCAUGAAAGUCCUGGCUGGUCAGCUUCACGAGACUGUUUACCAUGCCCCCGAGAAAGACGCUGGACACAAGCCUUUGUCCAUAAAAUCCUCUACCACCUUCGGUAUGAACGAGGUGACAUACAUCUCCGAUGAUAUUGGUCUUCACCGAGUUCAUAACCCUCACCCCAGCCAGGUCGCCGUGUCGCUUCAUCUCUACACACCACCGAAUGCAGCUGACUACGGCUACAACAUCUUCAAUGAGGCCACGGGGUCAGCGAGUUUCGUGCCGCAGGCCCACGCAGUUUCGAAGAGAUAA